AUGGUUUCUGAGUCCGUACCUCUACCGCUACAGCACGUGAGCGUUUCCGCGCAAGGGAGAGAGACUUGCGGAAUGCGGCUGGGAACACUACUCAACCUGACGAGAGCGUACCUGCAUUCCAACCCUAUGCGGGCUCUACCAAAAUACCGGAGCAAAGAAUUGCCGGAAUCAGAUUUGCAAUCUCUCACCUCGCCACAAUCCCUCUCGAGGGUCUCGCCCUUGAAGCAAAAUCCGGUCUCGCCGCUGUUUCCUCCAACCACGCCGGACGCGACACAGACCAUCUUCCUCAACCACCCGUCCGCCAGGAUAUCAUCUAGUCCCGCUUCGUCUCCGCGUAUAGUAGAUCCUCCGCCAGCGCGAAGAGGAUCCGUACACCCUACGAUGAGCAAGACGAUGGAGCGUGGAAUGAACCCAGGAGCCGACUUCUUCGAUGAUGGAUCUUCGGGGUCCGAGUGGGAAGACAGUGAGGGGGACCUGACUCAGAGCUUUCCUGCAGUGGAAGGGCUUGUCUUGGGAAGCUUAUUGCACGGACUGGAAUCCAGUGAAGACCGUGUAUCGCGGGGCAGGAGCAGAGAAAGAGAUGGCAUGACCGCACUUCCAUCCUAUCAUGCACUGCCGGGACAAAUCGAUUCGGGAUUGGGUAUAUCAAGUCCUGUCGAUACCAAGGGUACCCGACGAGCACGACCCAUGUCACUCAGACGAUUAGGGAGAGAUGAUGUACAGGUCAUUCACAACAGGUCGAGCGGCGGUACCCCUAGAAGUGCCGGUACACCACGCGACUCGCUCAGAAGUAACGACUCCGAUGCUGGAUCCCCAGUCGCCGAGCUCAGGACUCCUCUCCAGGUGACACGGCCAGAACAGGCAGCGAUGCGACCUCGAAGUAAUAGCUAUCAAGGACAUCAUCGCAGAAACACGUCAGAAAGCAUACUCGCUGAUUCCAUUAUAAACGCUCAUGUCACAACUAUGCGAGCUCUUGAAGCCCUCAACGUAUCCCCAGCAAGAAGUGCACCAGACUCGCGUAAUCUUACCUUCCUUCGCUCAACCACCAGCUCAGACUUUCCCAGAUUCACAUCAUUCACUAGUAGUCGGCAUAUCAAUUUGCCACCACUAUCGACUGUGGAGGGGGAUCGUCCUGCGCAUCUUCCUGGCCACUUCGUCAAAACCCCGUACCCAUUUACCGCUAAAAAGGAGUUUCCAAAGCCAAAGCAAAGACCGCGACAACCUGAGCUUGCCCGAUUGGAUAGCGGCUACGAUGACGGAGUACAGCAGAACUAUGAUGCUAACAAAGGCAAACAUGUUCUCGGCUUACCGACUAUCAGUGGCGAUAUCGACUUGAGGAGUCGACUGGAAAGAAAUGAAGAUGCUCAAGGCGUCAUUAGGAGUCGCGCUGGCUCUGGAACUGAAAGUAAAGAAAGUGUGGUUUGGCUGAGCCUACACGGACGAUCACCUAUAUGGACUAGCGGGAGAUAUACGCGUAGAAAGCUAGUGCGUAUAGACGUUCCAAGCAGUCUUGCCGUUAGCAGUCCGGAUCACAUUGGCAAAAAAGGGAGGCCGAGAGGAGAUGUCGAAUUCGAUGACAGAAUCUUUGCCGAGCUACUCCGGGCCGGGCACGGGCGACUGGCGGGACGCUGGUUGUUUCGAACAUUCAGCGCACGUAAAUUGCGAUAUAUCCAACUCGGCCAAAAAAGUGUCUGGAGUGGCACCGUAACGCAGGAUUCAGAGUUUGGUGUCUCGGGCCUCCUAGCCGUAGGAGAGGGUAUUGACGGGACUUCUGAUUCACACUCGCCAUUCACUGAAGACGGAUUGAUGAAGCUGUACCGCUCACCGAAGACUGGUCAAGCAAGAUACACAUGGGUGCACUGGGCCCGCCGUGUCGCAGCAUCAAACGAUGCGACCCAUAUCUCCCUCACGUGCGAAUCCCCUGCGUCUAGACGGUCUCGCAGGCGUGCAAGGAGUCUCGAUAGCCCCUCUCGAUUUCGGGAGAAAUCCAGUUUCAGUCCCUUCUCAGACGAUGCAGCACUACCAAGCUCGUCAAGCGAUGCCCUGACGACGAUUCAGUUUGUCCACUCAUUGUCAAUACGCCGUAUUUUGGCUGCGCUGACAGUCAUGAUGGUGUUGAGUGUACUUGCAGCUCUACUAUGGGUGUUUUUGGGGGCUCGGGGCUCAGGAUGGAGGGUGGAUCAAAGAUUGCAGAAGAGUGAUCGUGUUGGGCCUGCCAUGGCCAUUGCAAUCUUGACUCUGCUGCUCGAGGCCUUGGUGUUUGGGGCUUGGGUCUGCUUUUCUUAG